AAACCCGGUCUCUCGGCCCAGGAGCAGCCCUUUCUGCCCCCCCCGCCCGCCCCCUCCCGCUUCUCAGACUCGGGGGGCGCAGAGGGCCGCCCCGUCGCCCCCCACCAUGGCUCAAAUCCUCCCCAUAAGGUUCCAGGAGCAUUUUCAGCUCCAAAAUCUUGGAAUUAACCCAGCCAACAUCGGGUUCAGCACCCUGACGAUGGAAUCGGACAAAUUCAUCUGCAUCCGAGAAAAAGUUGGGGAGCAAGCCCAGGUGGUGAUUGUGGACUUGAGCGAUCCGACGACGCCCAUCCGGCGCCCCAUCUCCGCGGAAAGCGCCAUUAUGAACCCUGCUUCCAAAGUCAUCGCUCUGAAAGACGCGGGGAAAACCCUCCAGAUCUUUAACAUAGAGAUGAAGAGUAAAAUGAAAGCGCACACGAUGGCCGAAGAAGUGAUUUUCUGGAAGUGGAUCUCGGUGAACACGGUGGCUUUAGUGACCGAGACGGCAGUCUAUCACUGGAGCAUGGAAGGCGAUUCUUUGCCGCAAAAAAUGUUUGACCGGCACGCCAGUCUUGCGGGCUGCCAAAUCAUCAACUACAGGACGGAUGAGAAUCAAAAGUGGUUACUCUUAAUCGGCAUCUCGGCUCAGCAAAACCGCGUGGUGGGCGCCAUGCAGCUCUAUUCCGUGGACCGCAAGGUCUCCCAGCCCAUCGAGGGGCACGCGGCCGCCUUUGCUGAAUUCAAAGUCGAAGGAAACGCCAAACCUUCCACCCUCUUCUGCUUUGCGGUCCGUAGCCCUGCAGGAGGCAAGCUUCACAUCAUCGAAGUGGGCCAGCCCGCCACGGGAAACCAGCCCUUUGUCAAAAAAGCAGUCGAUGUCUUUUUCCCUCCCGAGGCUCAGACCGACUUCCCGGUUGCCAUGCAGAUUGGGACAAAGCACGGCGUGAUCUACCUGAUCACCAAAUACGGCUACAUACACAUGUACGAUUUGGAAUCCGGGGUCUGCAUCUACAUGAACCGAAUCAGCGCUGAAACGAUAUUUGUGACAUCGCCUCACGAACCGACCUCUGGAAUUAUUGGGGUGAAUAAAAAGGGACAGGUCCUUUCUGUUUGUGUGGAAGAAGACAAUAUUGUCAACUACGCCACCAACGUCCUUCAGAAUCCUGAUUUGGGCCUGCGGAUGGCUAUCCGAAGCAACUUAGCCGGAGCAGAAGAACUCUUUGCCAGAAAAUUUAAUACUCUUUUUGCGCAGGGCAGCUACGCGGAGGCAGCUAAGGUAGCCGCGUCCGCACCCAAGGGCAUCUUGCGCACCAGCGACACCAUCCGGAAAUUUCAGAGCGUCCCAGCUCAAGCCGGACAAGCUUCGCCCUUACUACAGUACUUCGGGAUCCUCCUUGACCAAGGACAGCUCAACAAAUUUGAGUCUCUGGAGCUCUGCCGUCCCGUCCUUCAGCAAGGCCGCAAGCAGCUGCUUGAAAAAUGGCUGAAGGAAGACAAGCUGGAGUGCUCGGAAGAGCUGGGAGACUUGGUGAAGGCUGCGGAUCCAACCCUCGCCCUGAGUGUUUACCUCCGCGCGAACGUCCCAAACAAAGUCAUCCAGUGUUUUGCGGAAACCAGCCAGUUCCAGAAAAUCGUCCUUUAUGCCAAAAAGGUUGGCUAUACCCCUGAUUGGAUUUUCCUGUUGAGAAGUGUAAUGAGAGUCAAUCCAGAUCAAGGACUUCAGUUUGCUCAAAUGUUGGUCCAGGAUGAAGAGCCUUUGGCCAACAUCAAUCAGAUUGUCGAUGUGUUCAUGGAGAACAGUUUAAUUCAGCAGUGCACUUCCUUCUUGCUGGAUGCGUUGAAGAACAAUCGUCCUGCUGAAGGCCACCUCCAGACCCGUCUCCUUGAGAUGAAUCUCAUUCAUGCUCCGCAGGUUGCCGAUGCCAUUUUGGGAAACCAGAUGUUCACACAUUACGACCGAGCCCACAUUGCCCAGCUGUGCGAAAAGGCUGGCUUGCUGCAGAGAGCUUUGGAACACUACACGGAUCUUUACGAUAUCAAGCGUGCCGUGGUGCACACACACCUCCUGAAUCCAGAGUGGCUGGUGAAUUUCUUUGGCUCCUUGUCCGUUGAAGACUCCGUCGAGUGCCUCCGCGCCAUGUUGUCCGCCAACAUCCGACAAAAUUUGCAGCUCUGUGUCCAGGUGGCUUCAAAGUACCACGAACAGUUGGGCACCCAGUCUCUUGUGGAACUCUUUGAGUCCUUCAAAAGCUAUGAAGGACUCUUUUAUUUCUUGGGCUCUAUUGUCAACUUCAGCCAGGACCCAGAUGUCCAUUUUAAAUACAUCCAGGCUGCCUGCAAGACAGGCCAAAUCAAAGAAGUUGAAAGGAUCUGCCGUGAAAGCAACUGUUACAAUCCAGAACGAGUGAAAAAUUUCCUGAAGGAAGCCAAGCUUACCGACCAGCUUCCCUUGAUCAUCGUCUGCGACAGAUUUGACUUUGUUCACGACUUGGUCCUUUACUUGUAUCGCAACAACUUACAGAAGUAUAUUGAGAUAUAUGUUCAGAAGGUGAACCCAAGUCGCAUUCCCGCGGUCGUGGGAGGACUCCUGGACGUGGAUUGCUCCGAAGAUGUGAUCAAGAACUUGAUCAUGGUGGUGAGAGGUCAGUUUUCGACGGACGAAUUGGUGGCCGAAGUGGAGAAAAGAAACAGGCUGAAAUUGCUCCUGCCUUGGCUGGAAUCUCGGAUUCACGAAGGCUGCGAAGAGCCGGCAACUCACAACGCCCUGGCUAAAAUCUACAUCGACAGCAACAACAACCCCGAGCGCUUCCUGCGGGAGAAUCCCUUCUACGACAGCCGCGUGGUCGGAAAAUACUGUGAGAAGAGAGACCCUCACCUGGCCUGUGUGGCUUAUGAAAGGGGGGAGUGUGACCUCGAGCUCAUCAAGGUGUGCAACGAGAAUUCUCUGUUUAAGAGUGAAGCGCGUUACUUGGUGCGAAGGAAAGAUCCAGAAUUGUGGGUCAGUGUGUUGGAGGAAAACAACCCCUUCAGAAGACCCCUCAUUGAUCAGGUGGUCCAGACGGCGUUAUCAGAAACUCAAGAUCCAGAAGAGGUUUCUGUGACGGUUAAAGCCUUCAUGACGGCUGAUCUGCCCAACGAACUGAUUGAGCUGCUUGAAAAGAUCGUCCUGGAUAAUUCAGUCUUCAGCGAGCACAGGAAUCUGCAGAACCUCUUGAUCCUGACGGCCAUCAAAGCCGACCGCACCCGGGUGAUGGAGUACAUCAAUCGGCUGGAUAACUACGACGCUCCGGAUAUCGCCAACAUCGCCAUCAGCAAUGAGCUGUACGAAGAAGCCUUUGCCAUCUUUAGGAAGUUUGACGUCAACACGUCUGCCAUUCAGGUGUUGAUAGAACACAUUGGCAAUUUGGACCGUGCCUAUGAAUUUGCCGAGAGGUGUAAUGAGCCGGCCGUCUGGAGCCAGCUGGGCAGAGCACAGCUUCAGAAGGACUUGGUUAAGGAAGCGAUAGAUUCCUACAUAAAAGCCGAUGAUCCAUCUGCCUACAUGGAGGUUGUGCAGGCAGCCAACAGAAACGAUAACUGGGAGGACCUGGUCAAAUUCUUACAGAUGGCUCAGAAGAAAGCCAGAGAGUCUUACGUUGAGACCGAGCUGAUUUUUGCCUUAGCCAAAACAAACCGACUUUCGGAGCUAGAAGAAUUUGUCAGCGGCCCUAACAACGCACACAUACAACAGGUUGGUGAUCGCUGCUACGAGGAAGGGAUGUAUGAUGCGGCCAAGCUACUCUACAAUAACGUGUCGAACUUUGCACGCCUGGCCUCCACCUUGGUGCACCUGGGGGAGUACCAAGUAGCUGUGGAUAGCGCGCGCAAAGCUAACAGCACCAGGACGUGGAAAGAGGUGUGUUUUGCCUGUGUGAACGGAAAGGAAUUCCGGCUUGCGCAGAUAUGCGGCUUGCACAUCGUAAUCCACGCAGAUGAACUUGAAGAACUGAUAAGCUACUAUCAGGGCCGUGGUUACUUCGAGGAACUGAUCGGUCUCUUGGAAGCAGCUCUGGGUCUGGAACGGGCCCACAUGGGGAUGUUCACCGAGCUUGCUAUUUUAUAUUCCAAAUACAAGCCCCAGAAGAUGAGAGAACACCUGGAGCUCUUUUGGUCCAGAGUCAAUAUCCCAAAGGUCCUCCGAGCUGCAGAACACGCCCACCUGUGGGGAGAGCUUGUCUUCCUCUAUGAUAAAUACGAAGAAUAUGACAAUGCAAUAAUCACCAUGAUGAACCAUCCGACGGAUGCUUGGAAGGAAGGACAGUUCAAGGACAUCAUUGCCAAGGUUGCCAACGUAGAGUUGUAUUACAGAGCCUUGCAAUUUUAUUUGGAUUACAAACCGUUGCUGAUCAACGAUCUCCUCCUCGUAUUAUCUCCACGGCUGGAUCACACCAGGACAGUCAGCUUUUUCUCCAAGGUUAAUCAGCUACCUCUUGUGAAACCUUAUUUGCGCUCAGUCCAGAAUCACAACAACAAAGGGGUCAACGAGGCACUGAACAAUCUUCUCACAGAGGAGGAAGACUACCAAGGCUUACGAGCAUCGAUUGAUGCUUACGAUAACUUUGAUAAUAUCACCUUGGCUCAGCGUCUGGAAAAGCACAAGUUAAUUGAGUUCAGGCGGAUCGCCGCUUACUUGUACAAAGGCAAUAAUCGGUGGAAACAGAGUGUGGAGCUGUGCAAGAAAGACCGGCUUUAUAAGGAUGCCAUGCAGUACGCGGCCGAAUCCAAAGAGGCCGAACUGGCAGAGAAACUCCUUCAGUGGUUCCUGGAGGAAGACAAGAAAGAGUGUUUUGCAGCUUCUCUCUUCACCUGUUACGACUUGCUGCAUCCCGACGUGGUCCUGGAGCUGGCGUGGCGACACAACAUUAUGGACUUUGCGAUGCCUUACUUCAUUCAGGUGAUGCGGGAGUACCUUACCAAAGUUGAUGGUCUGUUUAAUAAGGUGGAUAAACUCGAUGCUUCCGAAAGCCUAAGGAAAGAAGAGGCGCAAGUAGCAGAACCGACUCCUAUAGUAUAUGGUCUCCAUUAAAGGAAGCUCCUGGUGGUGAGGCCAGCAGCUGAUGCUCACAGCCGGCCCCAACGCCGUUCCUCCCCAGGCCAAUUUUCCCUACGGAUACCCAACGGCACCAGGAUUUGGCCAGCCGCCGGUUUAUGGAUACAACAUGUAACUUGCACUGCGACCGACUUUUUUCGCUGGUCACCUCUUCUUCUCUUUCCGUCCCAUCUUCCUCUUUUUUUCUUUUUUGUCUCAGAAGGCACCAGACACAACUUCCUCCGUUGGCUUUGUACCGCCUUCCUGUGCCCUCCGAGGCUCAGAGACCUCUAAAGGAUGCUGUUAUUUAUUGCUAAGUCCUGUUACAUUUCAAUUUCCACGAGGCAGCUCCCCUGUCCUUCUCAUUUUAUUUUUGGUCCCCACCACCUGAACGCGCUCUCCAAAACCUUAACCGCCGCAUCUCUGCUCCGUUAGGAUAGCAAUAACUUCUUCAGGCCAGGAGAGAUUUGGGGGUAGGGCUGGGAACGGAGAGAAGAGGUCCAGGAGAUGAAGAAGGACAUUGCUGUCGCUUUUCUGGUUUCUUCCGCCAAAUCUGUUGUUGUUUUUUGGUUUGGUUUUGCUAAUCCAGUUGUUUCUGGACGGCAUCCAAGGGUCAGUGCUUAAAAAGAUACCCUAACAAACGAUGCAGCCCUGCGAAUAAGGCAGAAUUAGCUUUGGGAACUUCCUGGGGGGGGGGGGAGGGACGUGUUUUUAAAAUCAUACGUAACUCUUCCUCCUUUCCUUCAGUUUGUUUGUAAUACCUGCCCCCCCUAAAAAAGGGGAAUUUAAAUAUGUAGAAUUGGGAAAGAGUCAUAGAUUUGAUAGAAGGCCACCGAGAGAGAAAGAGGGGAAUUUGCUUCUUGAAGUAGUUUUCGAAACUCUAGAUUGGAGAAUAAAUUGGAUCCUAUCUCGGCGCAGAUUAUUUCCCCGAUGUUUUUUUCUGUAGUAAUGUAGGGCGGGCACAACAAACGUAUUGACUGGUAUUUAAAAGGGAAAAAAAAAAAACCACGAAUGCAGCUACCUAAGUUUGCAAGCCAACAUCAGUGUAUCCAUGUUCCCGGGGGAGCCAUAAACAUUGGGAAAACACAUGGUUCAGCCAAGAUCACACCGACACUAAGGAAAAUCGUAAGAUUUUGCUUAUUCGUAUCGCAACCCUGAAAGCUUCUCUUUUAGUUGUAUUUGAACGGAGUCUCUUAAGUCUGCCGGAUAUCCUGAACUGACCCCCUAGUGGGUCAUUUCCCCCCCUUUUUUUUCUCGGCUUUGCCAGAAUUCUGUCCGAUGAAGCCAGCGGCAUUCUUGCAUUCUUCUCCCCGAUAGAGAACGGCGACCGAACCCUGCUACUUUGGUGCCACUUCUUCAGAGAACUUAUAUCGUUAACAUUUUAUGUACUUAAAAAAAAAAAAAAACCAAAUUAGAUAACCAUGUAUAAUUUACGGCUAUGGAUCUUGUGCUAAUCAUGAAUAUUAUGGAAGUUCAAUUAUAAAGA